CGCCCCCGCGCCCGCGCCCCCCGCGCCCGCGUUCCCGGCGCCGCGGGCCCGGAGCUCCCGGAAGUCUCGGUCCCGCCGCCGCCGGCACUCGCGAGGGGAAGCCUGGGCCGCCCGGGACCUCGGCCCGCUCCUCCGGUCCCGAGAGGCCGCCGCGUCGGCUGACACCCCAGAUGCUGCUGCUGCCGCCUCGGCCACCCCACCCUCGGUCCUCCUCCCCAGAGGCCAUGGACCCGCCGCCCCCCAAGGCUCCCCCUUUCCCCAAGACGGAAGGCCCUUCCUCCACUCCAUCCUCGGCGGCAGGGCCCCGACCCCCGCGGCUGGGCCGCCACCUGCUCAUCGACGCCAACGGGGUCCCCUACACGUACACGGUGCAGCUGGAGGAGGAGCCCCGGGGCCCGCCCCAGCGCGAGGCCGCGCCGGGAGAAGCGGGGCCGCGCAAGGGCUACAGCUGCCCGGAGUGCGCUCGCGUCUUUGCCAGCCCCCUGCGGCUGCAGAGCCACCGCGUGUCGCACUCGGACCUCAAGCCCUUCACGUGCGGCGCCUGCGGCAAGGCCUUCAAGCGCUCCAGCCACCUGUCGCGGCACCGCGCCACGCACCGCGCCCGUGCGGGCCCGCCGCACACCUGCCCGCUCUGCCCACGCCGCUUCCAGGACGCCGCGGAGCUGGCGCAGCACGUGCGCCUCCACUGAGUUCCCGGCCGGCGGGGCCUCGCGAGCCACACAGCCGCGCUGCCACACGCGCGCCCUGCCUUACCCGGGGCCCGUCUCCCCGUCUGCCCAGAGGGAGAGACCCCCCCCUUCCUUCCUUACCUUCCUGUCUCGCUGUGUGAUGCCGGCCCCGUCGCUGCCCCUCCCUGGGCCGGGGAGCCAGUCUCGGAACUGGGCCCCGGCCGGGCCGGGCCGCGCGAGCCCUCACAGGCGCACAGCGUCUCGGGGCUCGGCUCUCCUGCUCCCGAGGGCUCAGCCGUCGUGUGCGCGGAAGAGCUGACCCAAGAGCACGGCACGGUCUGGCUCGUUCCUGUAUCGCCCCCUUUCCACCCGCAGCCCUCGCCCCAUACUCAAUAAACAUUCCGCACUCCGCCUCG